AUGGUUCCUCUGAAGUCAAACCAAACUGUAAUGGGAGGAGAAGCAGAGGACCAGGAGGGCUCUGGCCUUCCGGAGGAGAGAAAGCCAAAGGAAGAGGCAGAAGAGAGUGACAGUGAAAGUGAGAAGGAGGUGGAGGAAGAGGGCAAAGGUCUGCGGAUCCCUCUCCAUCGCUGGGUAAUGCACGGGGCAGUGAUGUUUGGACGUGAGUUCUGCUAUGCCAUGGAAACAGCCCUGGUGACGCCAGUGCUGCUGCAGAUAGGCCUUCCUGAGCAAUAUUACAGUUUAACCUGGUUCCUUAGUCCCAUUCUUGGUCUCCUCUUCACACCCCUGAUCGGUUCAGCCAGUGAUCGAUGUACUCUACGAUGGGGCCGGAGAAGACCAUUCAUUUUGGCCCUGUGUGUGGGUGUGCUGCUGGGAGUGGCGCUAUUUUUAAAUGGAUCAUUAAUAGGCCUUUCCAUUGGUGAUAGCCCCAACAGCCAGCCAAUCGGCAUCGUCCUUACUGUAUUAGGUGUGGUGGUGCUGGACUUUUGUGCUGAUGCCUCUGAGGGACCAAUCAGAGCUUACCUUCUUGAUGUUGCUGACACUGAGGAGCAAGAUAUGGCCCUGAAUAUUCAUGCCUUCUCUGCUGGGCUCGGCGGAGCAGUGGGCUACAUGUUAGGUGGCCUAGACUGGACUGGCACAGCUCUGGGGCAAGCAUUUAAAUCACAGGAACAGGUCCUCUUCCUGUUUGCGGGCAUCAUCUUUAUUAUCUCUGUCACACUGCACAUGUUCAGUAUCCCUGAGCGACCUUUCGCUCCAGCUAACCAACUUAAAGUCACAGGAAGUGGGGAGUCUACCAGCCAGUUGUCUUUCAGGCCCGUUGGCCACAUGCCACCUGUGCUUGAUGUGAUUGCAGAGGAGGAUGGUUCUGCUCAAGCCCCGUCCCGAGAGGACAACGAGUCAGAUCCUGAGGAAGGGGAAAUGGAUUUCCUCGCUGUGGAACGAGUGCGGAGUAAAAGCGAUUCAGUCUUAGCCAUGCCAGAUUCUACGAUUGAGUUGGAUCCUGACCUCAACCCAGAUUCACAGCUAUUCCUGCCAGAGGUGCAUCCCUUUAUACCAGAGACACAGGGAGAACUAGAAGAUGCUUUCAAGCCAUCAGGGCACAGUACUGGGUCUCCCCCUCCCGGUGGACCACCCGCCCUUACCGACAUAAUGGUCUCAAAGUUUGAAAAUCCAGUUUUGCCUGAUCAUACGGAUCCAACAAACUGUCCUUGUUCUAUCCUUCAAAUCAGUUCUGGCUCAGAGGACUCACAUCGGAGACAGCAGGUCAAGGCUGCCAAUGGUAUCAAUGCUUGCUUGUCCUCCACUGAUCACUCCAAUGCAAUGAAAGGCCAUACUUCCACUAAGCCUGGUGGCCGUCCAACCAACUCCUCCAGUUCACCACGGCCACACCCACACACCUUCUACAGACAACCUUCCUUUACGUUCUCAUACUACGGACGAGUAGGAUCACAGCGCUAUCGACUGCGACGGAUAGCACCUUCAAACCUUCGGCCCAUCACCACCUCCCGCAGUCUGAACGAUCUCAGUGACCUCCAGCGGUACGCAGACAGGCGAGCGUUGCAUCUCUCAGCUAGCAGUCUGUCAUCUGAGGGCUCAAGCACUGAGGGAGGCCCAGACAGGGGUACAACUGUUCGACUGCUGUGGUUGUCCAUGUUUAAGAUGCCUAGGCAGCUGUGGAGACUGUGCGUGUGUCACCUCCUCACAUGGUUCUCUAUCAUAGCUGAAGCUGUGUUUUAUACUGAUUUCAUGGGGCAAGUCAUCUUCCAUGGAGACCCCACGGCACCUGCCAAUUCCACAGAGCUACAGAAUUAUCACCGAGGAGUACAGAUGGGCUGCUGGGGACUGGUGGUCUAUGCUGCUACUGCUGCUGUCUGCUCUGCCAUCCUUCAGAAGUACCUGGAUAAUUUUGAUCUGAGCAUUAAGGUCAUCUACAUUGUUGGAACUCUGGGAUUCUCUAUAGGAACUGGAGUCAUGGCAAUCUUCCCUAACGUUUAUGUUGCCAUGGUGAUGAUCAGUAGCAUGGGGAUCAUCUCCAUGAGUAUCUCCUACUGUCCCUAUGCAUUACUUGGGCAGUACCAUGAAAUCAAAGAGUACAUUCACCACAGUCCAGCAAACACACGAAGAGGUUUUGGUAUUGACUGUGCUAUCUUGUCCUGCCAGGUCUAUAUCAGCCAAAUUUUGGUUGCAUCGGCCCUGGGAGCUGUGGUGGAGGCAGUCGGCAGCGUGCGCGUCAUUCCUGUAGUGGCCUCUGGAGGCUCCUUCCUUGGCUUCCUUACUGCCUGUUUCCUCGUCAUUUAUCCUGAUGUGGAGCCCAGUAGCUCAGAGCAGGACCAGGUGGAUUUGUCUGGAGAUUCAGAUCAGAAUGGAGAAAGGACCAGUGAGCAGGGACUGGCUCUGCUGAACCUCACAAACAGUUUGAAGAAGACAGAGAAUCACUCUGUUGCCUAAGCAUGAACAUGGAACAUGGAAAUAAAUGGUAAAGUUUUAUUGCCACGGAGUACAAGCCACAGCAUGUGAGGAUUAUACCAAAUCCAUCCGACUGGUGGAGGGAGGAUAGUGAAGGAAAAUGUGGCAGAAAGUUCACAUUCCAUUCUUUACAGAAAUCUGGGUGGGAUCAAUUUGGAAAGAUAUCUUCUUGGAGUGGAGGACUGACGAGAAGAAACUUGCUCAGUUUUGGGCUGCUCUGUGUGUCCUUUUGCUACCUCAGCCCUAACACAAGGAAAUGUUUGGAUUGAUAGAAGUAAGCCAUUAAAACACACAGAGCCACAUGACAGUGAUUUUGGUCAGACUGUUGAAACUAAAGUAGCUCACACUGCUGAAGCAAAUACAAGCCUUUAUUGUGAAAACAUAAAUGGGAAGCACACAGAGCACUUUCUGUCUCACUUCUGAACAGUACUGUCACACUGAUGCUGCAGAAUGACGUAGUGUGUGACAUUUUACUUCACGGAAGCUGCUCUAUAACUGCUUAAUGGACAAUCGUAAUGCUAUAAAAGUGUACCUCUGCAUUGCUUGUAGAUUGAAUACAGAUGCAAAUAUUUGUUCCAAUCUGUGAAGGGAAUACCUUGAAAUGACAUUGUUAUUUAACAAAUGCCACAAAGUUUCCAAACUACAGUUAGAGCCCUCUGCAUUUGUUCUAGACAUAUACAAAAUGUUUAAUUUCAUAGGCUUUUUCAACCAUGAUCAUGAUGUUGUAGCCUGUUAACAUAAUAAGCUAGUGUGCAGUUAAAAGUGCUAUUUUAUGAUUUUUUAAAUGCCUUUACAGAAACACUAAAGUUCUGAAUGCCAUAUUCUACUUUCAGGUUAUGUUACACAAGCAACAUUGGAUCAUAAUGAUGUUGUAAAAAAUUGUUUGGCAUUUUGCUUUGCAAUUACUGUGAAAUUACACAGUAAAUGGAAGUUUAUCAUGGGCUCCUAAGUUCAACAUCAGGUGGUUUUGGGUUUCAGUGUGAUUUUAUUGCAGGGUGGCAUUUGUUUCGCUCUCUACUGAAUUUGUUUCAACAAUGUUUUGAAAUAUACAUUCCAAAUACAGAUGAAAUGGGAAAAUAGUUAAUGAUGCGUUUUGUGUUUGUCAUUGCGCAUAUAUAGGUCAUAUACAGUCUUAGAUGAUUGGAUAGAAGUGCUCUGUCAUUGGUAAAGGGAUGGACUUUCAAUUUAUACUUUGUAUUGGAAGCCUUGCUUUACAUAUUAGGCUAGUGUGCCUUUGACAGCUGUAGAGGUCUGUACAGCUCUACAGAGAGCAUAAGUAAGAAGAUAAAUCACUCCCAUACUGCCAGGUUUCAUUUUAUCUCAGAACAACUAACAUGAAAGGUAGCAGAGAGUCUUCUUAGGGUUAUUGUGUGUGUUUAGCAUAGUCUCUAACACACUUUAACACACAUUCAGUGUCACAGACCUAGCGUAGUAAGCUGCAGACUUAUGUACAAUCUUAACUGAACAGCCUUGUCUCUUCUUUCUGAAGGCUCAUCUUCAGUAGAACCUUAUCACUGUUGACUAUGAGAGCUGGUGUAAAUGCCCAGAGCGGCCUUAAGCUCACUGAUAAGAGCAUUAUUUGUUUAAUUUUUGAGGUUUAACGUCACAUGGUCUGAAACCAUUCAGGAGACCUAUAAUGCUGCAUAUUGAAUGGUAGAGAGGACCACUUAGGCCAACGACUGAUCUAUGCAAACUUGAAAUUCUGUUGGCUGGGGUUUUAUGACCAAAUGAACCUUGAAGACAAAGCACAGGGCCAUCUCAGUCUGCUUUCCUCCUCAGAUGAUUGUUCAAAUCAGAGGAAACACUACCACAAGUGAAAACACUGCACAGAUUCUCACACUUCUGACUUGACUUGAGAGCAAGAUAUUUAUUAUUAGAUAUAUAUUAUUAGAGGCUUCUUCACUUUAUAAUACAGUUUAUCAGUAUUUGGGCAAUGCUAACAAUAUAUGUUGGGACCUUGUGUCCUGGUCAUUAUCCCAUUUCUUUGCCUGUCAUGACAUAAAAGUGUCUUUUGUGGUGCGUUUGCUGUCAUUUAGGAUUUAAGGCCUCAAGAUUUACACAACCUGAUUUACAAGCACAACAAAGGGAUCAAAUAUCAGAAGUAAAGUGUUGAGAGAAUACAAAGUAAUAUAAGUAAUGACUCUUAUGUAUUUGUAAAUAUUGCAGAGAUUGAGUGUGUGUGACAUCUGGUGUGUGCCAUUGUGUUCUUAGGGAAUUGUUCUGAGCCUUUUUUUUAAAAAACCUCCUUUUGACAAGAGGUAAGAGUAUACAGUUUUCUUAGCGUUAAGAAUUAGUUUGCUAACAUAACUUAUUAUAAUGGAACUGGCCCCUGACUUAUUCAUAUUGUUUUGAUUUUAUACAAAUGUUUUGGAUUGAAAGUCGUGUUUUAAGUGAUUUUUGGCUCUUUUUUGCUGCUGUACAGACUUUUGUACAAUGAAACACGGUAUUUUUGUACCAGUUAUUUGAAAAUAAACUCUCUCUCUCUCUCUCUCUCU